UGCUCUGUGUGGAGCAAUGCACGGAGACGGAGAGUUGGGCUGCACAUGUAGCUCCACUUUGAAGCUCAGAAAUUCCAGGAGUUUCUGAAUGUUAAUGGAAACCAGAAGCUGCUUUUUCAGUCUUCUGCUUCUUCUGGUUGGUGGCAGGAGGUGAGGCUGGUUUGGAGGGACGGUGAAGGACGCCGCUGAUAAAGCUGAGAGAUGCAUCAUCAUCUGUGGAUCGUGCUGGCUGGGCUUAUCGUGUGGAGUUGUAGCAGAACAGCGCUGUCAGCGAAAGCAGGCAAGAACAAGCAGCGGUCGAAGGCGAGGGAGGAACCUGUAGGUCCCAAGGAACAUGCUGGAGCUGAUGAAGCAGGUGAGAGGGAGCCUGACGGAGGUUCUGAGACGGAUUUCUUGGCCGAUUUCGCUGGGAAGAAGCGAUUAUGGGUGAUAACUGCACCAUCCUACAGUGAUAACUACUUGCUAAUGAUGCAAAAACAGAUUGAAGCAUCAGAUGGGCUCAACUGUCGCCUAGCAGACCGAGACACGCUCAUAGUGACCAUCAUCCAGAACGCCAUGAUGGAGGGCAAAAUCCGACACACCACCCUACAGGGCCAGGCCACCGAGGAAGCUAUGGACUCAGACAUGGUCACCAAACUGCUUCACUACUUAGAACUUCAACACCAGACCUUCUCCAUGCUGAUCCUGAAGAAGAACCUGAGGCUCGGCGAGAGAUUCCCCUACCCAGUGCGUGUUGAGGCAGUUCUGGAGGUCAUUGAUCAGCUUCCCUUGCGCAAGCUGGAAAAGGUCACCAGGAAAGGGGCGGUUCAACGGUGUAAGAUCACGAAAAAGAGGUUAGUAGUAAAAUCCUCGACUCCUAGCAACAAAUCCACAAAAAGGAUCUACAGUUCCCAAAAGCAAGGCAAUAUUACGUCCUUCUUUCCUUCGCAACGACAAAAAGCUCCAGACAAAAAAGAGGCCAUCAAAAACAAAGUGAUGGACAUCCUCAGCGGACGCUCCAGAUUUGUGAUCCGUAAACUCCCAGAAAGUUCUGGAAAAAGCAGGACUUCCAGACCUCAUGCGACCAAACCAAAACCAUCAACAGAAAAUAAAGAUGAGAAGCAAAAGCCAGGCAAUCAAAGCGAACUCACAGAAGCUGCAGGAGGUGAAGGAGGUGGAGAAGGUGGAGGAGAUAAGCCAGCAGAUAAAGCUUCAGGGAAGAAGCAUGACUCUACUUCAGAUGUGGAUAAAGGAAAUGGAAGUUCAACGGAUGAAGAAAACAAAGGAGAGCAAAAGGAGCAGAAUAAUUCAAAAGACUCCAAAAAGAAAGACAAAGGAAAGAAGGAUGGGAAGAAGAAGAAGAAGAAAGGGAAAAGAGGAGGAAAGAAAUCGCAACGAGACAGUAAAGACAAAGCAGCUCUCAAAGAGUUUAUAGAAAAACUGAAAGGCAAAAGAAGACUUCUUGUCAUUUCCUCCCCCAGUGAUGUCUCCAGUCAGUAUCUUAAACAGAGGGAUGAUAAUGAGCUGCAUAGCUGUGACUUUGCGUUACGGAAGGUUACAGUAUUGUCUAUCCUGGGCUCAGAGCACAACCCUACAUUACGCCUGCAGCACUACCAGCAAGAUGGAGAUCCACAACUUGCUUCUCUGCCAGACAACUUCAAAAACCCUGAGCUGAUCAGUCAAAUCCGUAAAGAGUACGGCCUUAUGUCCAGAGAAUCCUCCAUGAUAGUGACUGAUUACGACAUGACACCCAACCUUCAGAAGGUGCUGGAUUUACCCACAGCCCCGUCAGCGAUCAUGAAAUACAUCGACAGCUUCCAGUCCCGUCAGCAGGAGAGAGAGCAGGAGAAGAACUCUCCCUCACCCUGUGCACCUGAGCAACCUGAGAAAAACCCUGAGGCUGAGAACUCAUUACUCAGGUUCACUUCUAAAAGAAGGCUUAUAAUCAUCUCCGCCCCCACAGAGGACGACUAUUCCCUCCAUCAGCAGCUCCAAGCUCUUAGUGGACAGGAGUGCCCAAUGGGCAUCCGUCAUUUUGCUUUGUUGAAACUGGUGGGAAAAGGAUCAGGAGCUUCAGGAACAGUCGAGCUGUUCCCACUGAAUGGUAAAAGUCAGACUGAGAAGGAGACUCUUUCUCAGGACGUUGUGAGGAACCUGAGAGACCAGCUGAAGAUCAACAGGGAUUAUUUCAGUAUGGUGGUGGUGGGUAAGGAUGGUGAAGUUAAGGCGUGGUACCCGUCUCCUAUGUGGACUCUGUCCAACAUCUACGAUCUCGUGGACUCCAUGGAGUUACGGCAGCAGGAGCUGAAGCUGCAGCAGAACCUGGGCAUCUACUGCCCAGAGGACAGCGGUGGUGGAGGUGGGGAUGGAUAUACUGGAUAUAGAGAAGAGGCUGAGGACCGUUACCUGUAUCAUCCAUCAGAGGAUUAAUCACAGUCUCUAUACAGUAGAACCUUUCUGAAUCCUUAUGGAACUGGAAUUACCUGGAUCUCCAUCUUCAAAUCCCAAAAAUAUACAAAUACAAACUAUAACUGGUAGCAUUUUACCUUAUAGGUCGCUAAUAAGUGUGUAAUAAUAUGGUAAUAUUUGUAUCUAAUCCAUAAAUUAAAUAUUAAUUUCCUACUUGUUACUGAUCAGUAAUCAAAUGAGAAAAUGUGGAGGUAAUAGCUCUGUAACAAUUAAAAGACAAAUUAAUAAGUCCAAAGUUAUAAUUCUGCUGAAAAUUAAAUUACAAAGAUGUUAAAUGCAGAAUUAAUGCACUGGGGGUAAUUACCAUAUUUAUAUAUAUGUAUAUAUACAGC